AGCGACUCCAGGGUGCGCACAACCAGGGCGUGGGGCCUUGGGGCGCGCACCCCAUGGAGUCGGGGCUGCUGCAGCCCUCGCCUGUGAGCGAAGUCAUCGUCCUCCAUUACAACUACACCGGCAAACUCCGCGGGGCGCGCUACCAACCUGGCGCCGGCCUGCGCGCUGACGCCGCGGUGUGCCUGGCGGUGUGCGCUUUCAUCGUGCUGGAGAACUCCGCUGUGCUGUUAGUGCUCAGGUGCCAUCCGCGCUUCCACGCGCCCAUGUUCGUGCUCCUGGGCAGCCUGACGCUGUCGGAUCUACUGGCUGGCGCCGCAUACGCCGCCAACAUUCUGCUGUCCGGGCCGCUCACCCUGCGACUGUCACCCACGCUCUGGUUCGCGCGUGAAGGAGGCGUCUUUGUGGCGCUCGACGCGUCGGUGCUAAGCCUCCUCGCCAUCGCGCUCGACCGUCGCCUCACCAUGGCGCGCCAGGCACCCGCUCCCGCGGUUAGUAGGGGGCGCGCGCUGGCGCUGGUGGCUGCUGCCUGGGGAGUGUCCCUGGUUUUCGGGCUGCUGCCGGCGCUCGGCUGGAAUUGCCUGGGUCAUCUGGAAACCUGCUCCACUGUCUUGCCGCUCUACGCCAAGGCCUACGUGCUCUUCUGCGUGCUCACCUUCUUGGGUAUUGUGGCUGCUAUUUGCGCACUCUAUGCGAGUAUCUACUGCCAGGUGCGCGCCAAUGCACGGCUCCUACGGGCACAGCCGGGGACUAACAGGAACACCUCAACCAGUAACCGCGGUACUCCACGUUCAUUGGCACUGCUGCGGACGCUCAGCGUCUUACUCCUAGCCGUCGUGGCGUGUUGGGGCCCCCUAUUCCUGCUGCUGUUGCUGGACGUGGCGUGCCCCGCGCGCUCUUGUCCUGUGCUCCUGCAAGCCGACGCCUUCCUGGGCCUGACCAUGGCCAACUCGCUCCUAAACCCCAUCAUCUACACGCUCACCAACCGCGACCUGCGCCACGCGCUCCUGUGCCUCCUCUACCGUGGCUGCCACCUCUGUGGCCAAGGCUCUAGUGGCUCCCAGCGGACUGGGAGGUCGCUGGGGGCUUCUGGCGGCCUUAGCUGCUGCCUGCUACUGGAUCUGAGGGGCAGGUCCCAGAGCUCAUAG